AUGUUCCGCCAGUCCGUCACCCGCCCUCUCGCAUCGGCCAACAGCGCCAUCGUCAACCGCUCGUUCUCUGCCCUGGCCCCCAGAAUGGGUGCUGGCGAUACUGGUGCUCCCCGCGCCGGCGGCUCUCAGUCAGGUGAUUCCUUCACACGCCGCGAAGCCGCCCAGGAGAGCCUGUACAUCCACGAGAAGGAGAAGGAGAAGCUCGAGAGCCUCCGCAAGAAGAUCAAGGAGCAGCAGGCCCAUCUCGCCGAGCUCGACAAGCACCUUGAUGAUUUCACUAAGAACCAGGGCAAGAACUAA